CUACCUUUUCAUUCCUUAAUUUAUUUGCAGUUCCAACUCAAAAUGAUCAGCAUCAAUUAUUCUCAGUAUCGAAUUUUUUAACAUUUCAUGUACCGUGUCAUCAUCUAGGCCAUAAAAUGAUCUUCAAUUCUCUUUCCUUAUUUUUUUUUUGUUUUUCAAAUUUUUUUAUUUAUAAAUGAUGUAACGCAGGUAUCCGCGCUUUGUAAGGAUCGGAUGCACGUGCUACUGGCCGAGGAGCUCGCCGCAGUGACUGCAACUGCAACUGCAACUGCAUCUGCAUCUGCAUCUGCAUCUGCGGCGGUGGCAUCGGCGUCAUCGUCGUCGUCAGCGGGCAAUUCGGAGCAGGACGCGCAGAUGACGGAGGCGAUCCGGCGGUGCUUCGGGCGCAUGGACGAGCUGGCGAUGACCGCCUGCGCGUGCGGCCGCCUGGGGUCGCCGCCGUGCCGGUGCGAGCGGUCCGGCAUCAAAUCCGACAUCGUCGGCUCCACCGCCGUCGUCGCGCUCGUCUCCCGCAGCCGCCUCCUCGUCGCCAACUGCGGCGACUCCCGCGCCGUCCUCAGCCGCCGCGGCCGCGCCAUCCCCCUCUCCGUCGACCACAAGCCAGAUCGGCCAGACGAAUUGGCGAGGAUCGAGGCGGCGGGCGGGCGGGUGAUAUAUGUGAACGGGGCGCGCGUUCAUGGGAUCCUCGCGAUGUCGCGGGCGUUAGGAGACAAGUACUUAAAACCUGAGGUAAUAUCUGACCCGGAGAUAAAAGUAGUGGAGAGAACCGCGGAAGAUGAGUUCAUAAUACUCGCCAGUGACGGGCUGUGGGAUGUUCUGUCCAACGAACUGGCAUGCGACGUGGCGCGGCGGUGCUUUGAGGAAGCUGAUCCUGCUAGGGAGAUCGCGCCUCUUCAUACCGGUAUCGACCUCAACGUAACGGGCGACGAGGAAGAGGAGAACCCAGAGUCGGAGGCGAAUUGCCACCUGGCGGCAGCGCUACUCGCCCGGCUCGCACUCGGGAGGAAGAGCAGUGACAACAUAAGUGUCAUUGUGGUUGAUCUGAGAAGGGUGUAAGAGAGGGAGGGGAAGUCUGCUGCAGAGUUAGUUUUAGUUGGCUUUUAGAAAUUUUCUUUGCUUUUCAUAGUUGAGUUUAUGAAAAUGGAAGCUUAAUGGAACAGGAGCAACAUGUACAUAGGUGAUAGUGCAAGAAAUUUGUUUAAGGCAAGGUCUUUUUCUUUUUUUUUUUCUUUUUUAUGGGCUUUUGGUUUACUAUAUUUUGAAAGGUGAAAAUGUAGGGAAACCUCCCUCAACUAGUGACCAUCUUGGUUUUCGUUUUUCUUUUAAUUGAUCUUUAAGUUUUUUGUUCA